AUGAAUCAAUCAGCGUACAACGAGGAUGCAAAUGAUCAUCAAAAUGAAGAGCGAGCAAACGGAUCUACUAAUGCUGAUUACGAAUGGCAAGAGUAUUUACCUGUGUACGAGGAAGAGCUAACAUUAAUUGGAAUUUUUGUGGAAGCAAUUGAAGAAAAUUUAAUCGACGAAACCGUAUAUACGUACAAUGUAACAUCGAGGUUUCAAUGGAAUCUUGAAGGCAGGACCAUAAAUUUUUGGGAGAGUUUUAGAAUGGAAAUACGCGAGGCAAAAUCUCGAGGAAGAAGAGGAUCAGAUUUUAAGUCAGACAAUUUGAAUACUUCAUCAUCAGAUCUUUCUGAUGAUGAUGAUGAUGAUUCAGACAAUUCAAGUACAAUAGAUUCCUCAGAGUGUUCAGAGAGUACAGAUGUCUCUGAUUUACUAGAUAUUGCGACUAUAUCGGAUGUCUCCGAUGAUAAUUUGUCAGAUUUCAGCACAUCAGAUUUCUCUGAUGAUGACUCAACUUUCAUAACGGAUACACCUGGGAUGAUGGCAAAUAAUCGAGGAAGAAGAGGAUCAGAUUUCACUAUGUCAUCAGACAGUUCAGAUACAUCAUAUUCCUCAGAUUUAUCAGACAAUGAAAGUACAUCGGAUUUUUCUGAUUUACCAAGGAAAGCUUUCAUAACGGAUACACCCGGGAUGAUGGCAAAUAAUCGAGGAAGAAGAGGAUCAGAUUUCACUAUGUCAUCAGACAGUUCAAAUACAUCAGAUUCCUCAGAUUUAUCAGACAAUGAAAGUACAUCAGAUUAUUCUGAUUUACUAAACAAUGAGAGAUCAGAUUCGUCUGAUUUAUCAGACACAUCAUCAAAUACAUCAGAUUUGUCUAAUGAUAAUUUAUCAGACUGGAGUACAUCAGAUUUCUCUGACAAUGAUUCAGUAUUCUGA